AUGGGUAAAAAAACCUCAUUAAAACCAGCAAAACAUAUUAAUGAAAAGGAAAAGGAAUUAAUAAUCAUUGAAGAUUCAGGGGACAAAGGUGGCAAUACAAGAGUGGUUAAAUAUCCUACGACUGUUGUGGACACCCCUAAUUCAUUUAAACCACCUGGAAAUAAAGGGAUUGCAGAGGAUGAUACAAGAGGAGAUAUCGAAGUCCCAGAUAUCUUGGAAAAAGAACAUUAUGAUGAAGAAGUACAACAACGAGCAAAUUAUUGGCACGAAUUCAAUCAGGACCACAAGCACUGGGAAUUGGUCCCCAAAGAUAUCCGCGCAGUCAUUUCAAGCAUACGCAAUGUCAAUGGGGAUGGCCAUUGUGGCUUUCGGGCCGCUGCUGUCAGCAUGGGACAAGGGGAAGAUUCCUGGCCACAGAUCAGGAAGGCAAUGCUACAAGAAAUGAAGGACCAGCCCAUUUAUCGGAACCAGUCUUACCUGGAAGCCGUAGCGGAUUCAGCCCCAUAUAGCAGGUUGGAGGCAACCCUGAACUACUUCAGGUCGCCUGCCAAAUUCAAUAAUUGGAUCAAGUUUCCGCUCCACGGUGAUCUCUUGGCUGACACAUUCCAACGGCCUGUGAUUUACAUCACAGAAUCCAUGAAAAUCACCUUUCUACCGCUGUCUCAUGGCGCAGGUCCAUCAACUAACCCUCCAAUCUUGCUUCUUUAUCUGGAAGGACAUUAUCACUACAAUGCCUUCAAAUUUGAUGGUGAAAUCUACCCAGCUCCCAGUGUCUCAAGCCACUGGUUCAAGUGGCGGCAAAAUGUGGCAAAAGACUGGGAGAAAUCCAUUCAGUUGAACCGCGAUGAAUGGAAGAGAAGGAUUCCUCAACAGCCCUCUGAACUUCCAGUAGUUGUAGAUGUAGAGUACUUAUGA